AUGAAUCAACAGCAUGACGUUGGCGAGGCUAUGUUGCGUGCAGCUCAGUGUGUGCGAAACGCCGAUGUACUACUGGUCGCAGCAGGAGCUGGAAUGGGCGUUGAUGCUGGUCUACCAGACUACUAUGGUGGCAUUCACCUUGCACAUCCACGUCUGGCAGAAAUUGGACUGAGUGUUUAUGAUUUAUCUAACCAUACAUUAUUUGAGCGAAAUCCCAUGUUAGCAUGGGGUCACUGGAUAACAAGACAGCGGGAAUACUCGAAUACACUACCACAUGUUGGCUAUCAUAUACUUCAUGCUUGGAGUAAAUCGAACAAACGCAAUGUACGUGUGGUAACGACGAACUUGGAUCGUCAUUUUUUACGUACAGGUUUCACAGUCGACAAUGUAUUCGAGAUGCAUGGAUCAAUGUAUGAUGCACAAUGCAUGAAUCGAUGUGGUGCACAUCCAUGGGCACUUGACAUAAAAGUUAUGCCAUCAGUCGAUUUGAACACAAUGCUACUACUUGGACCUCCACCAUUAUGUAUGCAAUGUGAUGGUCCAGCACGUGUAUGCACACAAUUAGCAGUUGACGGCCAUUGGGAUACCACACAAGUUGAGGUUGCAUGUAGACGCCAUGAAACAUUCUUUCGUGAAUUGUCUACUGAACGAGUAGUGGCUGUUCUGGAAAUUGGCUGUGGUACUGUAAUGGCGAAACUACGCAAAGAGGCAGCACGCAUUGUAGCAGAUCAUCGCACGCGUGGGGGUCGUGCAACACAUAUUCGAAUCAAUUUACAUCAACCACACAUUGAUGAGCAUGAAGACAACAUAUCGUUGCCACUUGGUGCACUAGAAGCACUGUGUACAAUGAACCAAUUGAUAACUGAUUAA